UAGGUUAAGUUAAGGGUCUGUGGUCACGGUUUGUUCCACAAAAAAAAGUCAAAAACAUGCUAAAACGUUGACCUUAAAUAAUCAAAUCACAGUGAAUAAAAUAUUAAGUGAAUUAAAUAAAAAUUGAAAGAUUGUAAUUAUUACAUUUACGGCUUUACGCGUGUAACAAAACAAAAUGGCUCGUGGAAAGGAUAAAAAGAAACGUAAAUUGGAAAAGAAGCAAGAAGGAGAUGAUGUGCCAAAGAAAAUUCCUCAUACACUGGAAUCUCUCCGAGAAAAAGAUGAAACGAUGUUGGCAAAUGUUGAGGCUGAGGAACAAGAGGAGGCACAAAAAGAUAUGGAACUGGAUGAAAUGUCAUCAUACUUUGAGAACUCAUAUGAGCCAAAGGUUUUGAUAACAUACUCUGACAACCCACACUCUAAGACUAGAACAUUUGGCAAGGAGCUCAGUAGGAUGAUACCUAAUUCGUUGUCACGGUACAGACAAAGGUCCUCAGUGAAAAGAAUAAUCCAGUCGGCGAUCAGGGAACAAGUAACAGAUGUCAUAAUAGUUAACGAGAAUCAGAAGCAGCCAAAUGGAUUCCUACUGAUCCAUCUCCCAAAUGGACCCACUGCGCAUUUCAGACUAUCCAGUUGUAAAAUAACUAAGGAACUUAACAAGGAUCAUAAGGAAAUCACGACACAUAGACCUGAGGUAGUUCUUAACAACUUCAGCACCCGGCUGGGCUUGACAGUUGGCCGCAUGCUCGGCGCCCUGUUCCACUACGAACCACAGUUCCGUGGCCGCCGCGUCGUCACCUUCCACAACCAGCGGGACUACAUCUUCUUCAGGCACCAUCGGUACCAAUUCACAACAGACGGCAAACGCGCAAAGCUGCUAGAACUGGGGCCGAGGUUUACGCUGAAGUUGAUUUCCCUGCAGCAGGGCACCUUUGACUCGAAGCGCGGGGACUACGAAUGGAUCAUAGCGGGCAGGAGACACCAGAUGGAGACGUCGAGAAGACGGUUCUUUUUAUAAACGAAUAAAAUUAAUGUUGCUGUAAGAGAA